AGCAGGAACAAAGAGCAGGACAUGGUGCGGUGAGAUCCUUCCGACGACGAUGGAAACGAUGGUAUCGCACAGGAGGUGCAACGAAGAAGUUUCCAUGGAGACGCGAGCAUCCGCUCAUCGUCGUGUCGCAAGGCUUGUUGGAGCAGGAUGUAGUUUGGUCGCCCUGGUGGUUGGGCUGCUGUUGACAGCUGGCGAUCUAUCAAGCAGCCAUGCUGUCAGUCGUCAUAGGGACGCGCUGCUACAGAAGCUCAGCCCCAGUGCUCACCUUGCUCCUGCUGCGCUCGCCGCCGAACAGCUAUGGAGGACGACCAUUGGACGUUUUUUCGACGGGCAACUGCACCCUCCUCCUCCUUCCAAGGCCAAGAGCUAUAGGAAGGAGACGAAGCAUGAUGAAGACCAGGAUGAUGUACAGACAGCGCUUGAGGAAGCGUAUUCGCCGUCUGAAGAUCAUGAUCCUCACGGAAUGCUUCUUCCUUCUGCUGCAGCCGAGCAGAGCAGGUGGGAGCAGCAGGUGCUGUCGAUGCAGCGGGCUCAGCUCAAAGACAACAGCGACAUCAUGCGGAACGUCGUCCUCCUGCAUGCCUCGAAGAAGGGUCGCGCUGGAGCAGAGAAGAAGGGAGGGAGUGCGGAGGUGAAGCGCUCCGAAGCAGCGACAGGAGCAGGAGCAGCUCGACAGGUUUCAUUCAAGCUGGCUGACAUCAAGAAGCUGGAGGCC